GCGAAAAAUGAAAAAUAGCAAAAAAAGAAAAAAGAAGAAGAAAAAAUGAAGAAGAUAAUGAGUCUCAGGUCUGAGCGUCCUUCACUGAAACCAGUCUCAGAAUAUCUGAACUCACUCUGUUACACUAACCCUAACCAUCCUCUUUACCCAGAAAAGAGAACGUAAAAGAAAAAGAAAAAGAAAAAGAAAAAGAGGUGGCCAAAGCUUCGACUCAACGGACUUCCUUCCAUGGUCACUUAGGGUUUGUGUUACUUUCUCUUGCAAUGUAAGUAUCUUAAUAACUUUUUAUGUUUGCUUUGUUUUGUCUGAAAUGUUGGCUGUUUCAGAGAGAUGUUUUGGGAUAAUUUUUCGGGAAAAUGCGAUCUCUUUUGUUUAUUUAUUUUUUGAAACAUGCUGAGGAAAGGAUACAUCUUUCCUUGUUUGGUGAUGGACUAUAAUGUUAGUUUCUACAAUAACUAUUAAAAGCAUUAUAGGGAUUUUUGUGGUUCAAUAAGAGAGAGUGUUUAAGGACAUUAAUGUGGGGUUGUUUUCCGUUUGGUUGCUGAGAAAAUAGAGGUAAAGAAUGGGAUGGUUUUUUUUUUUUUUUUUUUUUUUUUUUAUCUUUUUAUCUGGACAGUUUUAUGAGAAAUUAAACCACAGGGACCAGGAUACCGGUUGGUUUUAUCAUUAAAAUAAUGCUUCUCCUCUUUAUUUAAAUUGAUAUUGAUGGGUUUCUGCGUUCGUUUCAGUUUAAUGAAUGGAGCUUUGGGUGUAAGUAACCUUGUAAUAGCUGUUAGUUUGUCAUUUCUGUUUCUUUGUUCUUCUUUGUUCUCUGAUUUGGUUUCUAUCUAUCCAAGAUUAUUGGCAUUUAUUUGAUGAGCUACUUUGUUUUUUUUUUUUGAAUGGUUAAAUCAUAAUAGCAAAUUUGAGGUUCUCCGACCUUUGCAUCUUUCAGUGAUAUGCAGGGAAUGAGCUACUUUGUUUAGUGCUAUGUCAUUAGGCGAUGGGGAAUUUCGCUCUUUCAAUGAAUUGGUUUUAUAAUCUGGUGUUCCUUUCCUUUCAUUAUUUUCAAACAUUUCAUCCAGUGCUCUUGCUUAAAGUGUUUGUUGUUGAUUUGAUGUACUUGCUCAUCAAGGGUUCGUUCCUAAUUGGCUGUGUGUGGAUAGCACCUGGCUCCCACAAUGGGUGAGGUUGGUGAAAAGCAAGAUAUACGCAGACCUUACCCCACAUAAUAUGUGGGGAGGUUGUGUCCAAGAAUUGAACUUGUGACCUUUGGAUCACACCCUGCAACUCUUCCACUGAGCCACAUGUCCGCCUGUGACCUCUGGGAUUUGUAUCUUACACUUGAUUGUGACCUCUAGGAAUUGAAUCUUACACUUGAUUGUGCGGGAUAAAAUUAAUUGUUGCAUUAUAGUGGAGGCUUUUGGCAAUGAGAGGUUUUAAAUACAUAGAAUAUUCGCCUUUCCAUGUUAUUACUGUUUGGUAGGCAGUUAACCCCUUUGGUUUUGAGCAGCAGCACUGCAGCCGCGAAGAAUAAUUAAAUUUAUACUUAUGGAAAUCUUUGGCGGCUCUGGGUUUGCUGGAUCUGACUCUAAUGCAAGGAAGAAGAGGAGCAACGGGUUUCGUCGUCCUCGCAGUGACUCACAGUCGUUGAUGCAGGGCCAUAAUUUUAUGUCACUAUCCACACAAAAUUUAGUAAGCGAAACCAAUGAGGUUGGAUCUGAUGGACUAGGAAGUGAUAAUAAGUUGAAGAAGCUAAAGCUCAAGCUUGGUGGUGUUACUCAUACAAUUCACACUAAAUCUGCAGCAGGUUAUGCCUCUGGAGGACACAGCUUUGGUGAAUCUCCACUCCAACAACUUCCAUUUUGCCAGGACAACAGAGAUAGCAGUUGCUUCUAUCCUACUUGUGGUGGGAAAGACUUGAGAAUUCAAUCAAAAGAUUUUUCUGGAAUCGUACCUAGUUCUGGAAGUUUUUCAAGGGGCAAGGCAUCAGGUGUUCCUGUGAAUGCAACAACCUAUAACGAGUCAGUUCGUAAGAGUGAGCGGAUUCCCAAGAGACGUGUCCUGGAUAUAGGAUUUGAUGAUGAUGAAGAUGAGGAGAUCCGGUACCUUGGGAAACUCAAUUCUUCGAAGGUUGUUGCAGAUCAGGGGUACAAGUGGGAUGAAAGGAGGGAGAGAAAAAGGAGGACAUUGAAGAUCACAACUGGUGGCCGAAUGGAUGAUGGCAGAUUUUCUAAUGCAAUUGAAAAUCUGGGAUCACGAAACGUUGGUAAAGAUGAUAGAAAGAAGUCAAGACCAGAUAAAGUGUACGAGGAUCAAGAUUACAUUGAAGAAGAAGAACCUAUAUCAGAUGAUGAACCUGAAUCUGAAAUGAAGCAAGAAGGGGUAUCGCUUGAUUUAUACGUAGGAGGAAGAAAUGAAUCGAUUCCCACUACUCGCAAACGAGCCCUUUUGUUUGGAAAAGAUGUUUUAUCUGGCGGCAUUGAGUUCCCAAAUGGUUUACCUUCUGCCCCACCUAAAAAACAGAAGGACAAGCAUACUGAAGUGGAGCAGCAACUGAAGAAAGUGGAGGCUGCACGGAGACGUAAAAUGCAAUCGGAGAAGGCAGCUAGGGAAGCUGAGGCUGAGGCGAUCAGAAAAAUUCUUGGUCAAGAUUCUGGAAGGAAGAAGAAGGAAGAAAAAAAAAGUCAAUUAGAUGAAUUGGCACAGGAGAGGGUUGCCAGAGCGAACACACUUGCAUCGAACACCGUCAGGUGGAUCAACAGUCCCAAUGGUACUCUCGUCGUAUUCUCUGAAGAUAUUGGUUUGCCAAGUAUAUUUAAUUCAACACCCUGCAGUUAUCCUCCACCAAGGGAAAAAUGUGCUGGGCCAAAUUGUACAAAUGCAUACAAGUACCGGGAUUCCAAGUCUAACCUUCCUUUGUGUAGUCUCCAAUGUUACAAGACGAUUUCAUGAGAAGAUGCCGGCUUCGAUUUGCAUGCUAAUAUGAUCCCUUUUUUUUUCUUUUGUUUUUUUUGUAGUCAGUAUACCAUAUGAACUUAUUGAACGUUAGCGUCAAACGGUACUCGGAUUGACAGACCUCAGUGUACAUGGCAUGUUGAGGUAUCCAACCUUUCAAGAAAGGGAAUUUUCUGACUAUUAAUUUGGCACCACACAACAUUUGAAAUUGAGAAACUUACCAGAUCAUGUUCCAGACUUCCAGUUCUGGGAAGCCCUACGAGGA